CUUUAUGCAAUCCAUGUUCAACGUCACCUUUCAUGUAAAACAACAACAAUUUGCAUCUCAAACCACCUCGAACUUUCUGUUUAAAACAUCUUGAUCAUAGACAAAAUAUGUUGAAAUUAUGUCUUUUGACAGUCAACCUACUGAUGAUAGUUGUGUAAGUGGUUGUACUUGUGAAAGGAAAAUUUUAUUUUUCUGUCAGUUCCUCCCAUGUUAAAUAAGCUCACAGCAGCACUGUACAACCACACCAUCCCUUUGUCACUAAAGUUCUGUUCUAUAAUACAUUUUAUACCCUACCUUUUAUAGCUUGAUUUCAUGUGAAUGCUGCAUUAUUUUAUUUUACAUAAGGGUUUGCACUUCCACAAAUAUUUGGAGUAUCUUUGGAUGUGUCGUGGGUACUGAGGGAAGUUAGCAUAUCUUGGUCUGUGGCUUUGGCACAUUUGAAUAGGCUGCUGCUAUUCUAGCUUCCUGUAGGGUUAGCUUUGUUUCACUGCUAAAGCUAGCUUACACAUGGAUGGAAACAACUGGCUGUUAUUUUAUUAUAGAUUAAUAACUAUUUCUGUGUUUUAUUAGCUUAAAUACUUAGCAGCAAAGCUAGGCUACAGCCUCGCUAAAGAUGCUAGCUUUAAGGCUAGCUAACUGAGUGGUGAGCUCAGUAAACUCUAUAGAUCCAAUUGGGUGAUCUAUACACAAGUAAGGAUUCUCAGGGCAAAAUGUUUGUAAAGUGUUUAUGUUUUAACCUUCAUGUUGUUCUAAUUUAAACUUUUUCUUUCACUCAAUUUUCAGUCUUAUUGUAAAAAAUGUACAGUGUAGUGAAAAGUAUUUACUCCCCUCACAGAUGUUUUGCUUUUUUUCUGUCAAACUUAAAUGUUUCAGAUCAUCAAACUAAUUUAAAUUUCAGACAAAGAUAACCUGAGUAUUUAUGUGUUUUUUAUUUUUCUUAUCCAAACCAACCUGACCCUGUGUGAAAAGACAAUUGCCCCCUAAACCCUACUAAUUGGUUUUGCCACCCUCGGAGCAAACAAAUGCCAUCAAGUGUUUGUCAGUGUUUUCCAACAGUACGAAGGAUUUUUAAAGCCCAAGAAAUGGCUUUGUACCCCUUUCCAGACUGCUGGAUGUUAAUGAAUUUGGUUCUCAUCUGCCCGAAAUGUUAGUUUGGAGCCUGAUGAGCUGCCUUUGAGGUCUUUUAACUUACUUCAUGCUGCCAGAGAGGUCCUGUUUAAAAUAUUUGAUUCAGGUCGGGCAUUGUUCAGAUCUGGCUGGAGCUGGUGAAUUAAACUCAGCUUAUAUUGUCAAUUGCAGUUAAUUAAGGUUAGUUAGAUUUGAAAUGAAAUAAUCAUUUAAAAUCAUCCUUUUGGUUUUACUCAGGUUAUCUAUAUCUGAUAUUUCAGAUAAUUUGAUGAUCUGAAACAUGUAAGUGUUAUCGAAAAAGAAAAAAGAUGGGGCUGAACGUUUUAUCAGGACAUCUGUUUACUGUUUAUGAGCCAAACUUUAAGCUUUUGUGUCGAUCGCUUCAUUUUUGUUAAGCUAAUUAUAAAGAGAGACUAGGCUGUUCAAAUGUUUCAUAUAAAAGGAAUAAAAUACCCUUGCAGAAAGAAUUUGCUUCGGUGAAAACCUUUAUUAAAGGCGUUUUUGUUGUCCAGCUGGUGUUUCUCUGUUUUGUGCAAACGUUCUGGCUCUGUUGUCUUUCUCUUGAACUCUGACGCUCGGAUUAAUAAAUCACCGCCUCCUAUCGGUUCAUCGUGGCGAUAAAAAACACAUCCAAGGAUCUAUGAGGUUGGAAUUAGAGCAGGAAAAUAACCAGCCCUGACAACUCUGGGCGAGAGUGACCGGCACAUCUCGGUUGGACCAUGAGGAGAGUGCAGGGAACAUCUGGGUCCAGGUUUUUAGGCGUUCUACCUCAAAGGGGGUUUAGCAUGACUGCAGCGGGGACUGUGGUGCAUGCAAACCUAGAAGGAGGUAAAGGAGCUCUGAAAGCGGUCAGAAAAGGGGGUUUGGAUGGACGGGUGAGAGGCUUCGAGGAGAUCCCUCACACUGGGAGGAAUGGCUGGAUCAACCUGCUGAGGUUCUGGAGAGAAAAUCGUUUCCAGCAGCUCCACAAGCACAUGGAGAAAACCUUCAAUGCCCUCGGCCCCAUCUACAGGGAAAAGGUGGGGACUAUUAGCAGCGUAAACAUCUUGCUGCCGUCUGACAUAAGCGAGCUGUUUCAGUCGGAGGGGCUGCACCCUCGACGGAUGACCCUGCAGCCGUGGGCCACGCACCGAGAGAUACGCAACCACAGCAAGGGGGUCUUCCUCAAGAAUGGUGAGGAGUGGAGAUCCGACCGCCUCCAACUCAACAAGGAGGUGAUGCUGACCGCUGCCGUGAGGCGCUUUCUCCCCCUCCUCGACGAGGUGGCGAAGGACUUCUGUGGGAUGCUGCAGGCCAGGGUGGAGAGGGAGGGGAGAGGGGAGGAGGGCAAGCGGUGCUUCACCAUCGAUCCCAGUCCUGACCUUUUCCGCUUCGCGCUGGAAGCCAGCUGCCAUGUGAUCUACGGGGAACGUAUCGGCCUCUUCUCCUCCUCUCCCUCCAUGGAGUCCCAGAAGUUCAUCUGGGCGGUGGAGCGAAUGCUGACAACCACCCCUCCUCUCCUCUACCUCCCCUCUCGCCUGCUGGUCCGCAUCGGCGCUCCCCUGUGGACCCAGCACGCCACGGCUUGGGACCACAUCUUCAGCCACGCUGAGGCCAGGAUCCAGAGGGCUUACCAGCGCCUGUCGUCCUCCCAGGGCCGUCGCUCUGUGACUGGGACGGCUGGGGGCCAGUACACUGGAGUUCUGGGGCAGCUCAUGGAGAAAGGGCAGCUAUCUUUGGACCUCAUCAAAGCCAACGUCACUGAGCUGAUGGCUGGAGGGGUCGACACGACAGCCGUUCCUCUGCAGUUUGCUCUGUUCGAGCUGGGACGCAACCCGGACGUGCAGGAGAAGGUGAGACAGCAGGUGAGGACGUCGUGCUCGCAGGCCGGCGGUGAUCCUCAGAAAGCCCUGCAGGGGGCGCCUCUGCUGAAAGCCACAAUCAAGGAGGUUCUCAGGUUGUACCCAGUGGGGAUCACGGUGCAGCGGUAUCCCGUCAGAGAUAUCGUCCUCCAGAAUUACCACAUACCUGCAGGGACGAUGGUCCAGGCCUGUCUGUACCCGAUGGGACGGAGCUCCCAGGUGUUCGAGGAUCCCCUGCGCUUUGAUCCGGGCCGCUGGGCCAAGGAGGACGGCCGGAAAGGAGAGGGGCAAGGCUUUCGCUCGCUGGCCUUCGGGUUUGGGGCGAGGCAGUGCGUCGGCCGGAGGAUUGCUGAGAACGAGAUGCAGCUCUUGCUCAUGCAUAUCCUCCUGAACUUCCAUCUCAGCGUGCCGUCCUCAGAGGACAUCAAAACCAACGUCACCCUCAUCCUGCAGCCCGAGACUCCUCCGAGGAUCACUUUCACCAAGCUCUGACACACAGGAAAACAGCCUUUUUAUCGUCCCACGCGUCUUAUUCACCCUGCUUAGCUCAGUUUAACUCCUCGCUCCUGGUUUCAGCUGAACCGGGAGCUUCAUAUCCCCUCUCGUCCUUUGAGUUCAGCUACAAUGGAGACAAAUAAAGGAUCAAUUUCCCUC